AUGCAAAUCCUCUCCUUUCUUCCCCUCUACCCAGCUCUCGCAUACGCUGCACAUUCCCCGCGGCAACCAAGCUAUGGCCAUCAGCCCAAGCCGCUCGUCCCUACAAUCUGGCUCGCAGGUGAUAGCACGGAGGCACCAGGCGGCGGCCCCAACGGGACGGAAGGCUGGGGCCAGUAUCUGCAAUACUCGUUCCUUUCUUCCGUCGCGCGUGUCAACAACUCGGCUAUCGCGGGCCGUAGUGCGAGGACUUUUACGAGAGAUGGACGCUUUGAUACCAUUGCUUCGAAUGUGAAAGAGGGCGACUGGGUCGUUAUUGAGUUUGGGCAUAAUGAUGGGGGCAUACCACCUGUUAAUGCUACGGUUGGGGAUAAAGGGAGGGCGGACUGCCCGGGUGCUGGGAAUGAGACGUGUAUUACUGUUUACAAUAAUGCAACGGAAAUCGUCCAAACAUACGGCACCUACCUCAAAAACGCAACGAGAAAGUUUCUCGACAAGAAAGCCAAAGUCGUGCUUUCCUCCAUGACACCCGAUAAUCCAUGGGAGUUCGGCAACUACUCUUACACGCCUAACAUCUUCACCUACUAUACCUGGCUUGCCGCAAGUGAACUCGGCGGUCCGGCACAAGGUGUAUAUUUUGUCUCGCACGGCCAAUACGCAGCACAAGCCAUGAAGAACCUGGGGAAGGAGACCGUCGAUGCUAAUUACCCAAUCGACCAUACACACACGGCGCCGUUUCUGGCGGAUGUGGUGGCGCGGUCGUUUGUGCUGGGUCUUAAGUGUGGAACGAGUGGGUUACAGGACUUGGUGUUGAAUGCUACGAGUAGGCUGCAGGGAGAUGUGCUGGGGAAUUGUUUGGCGGUUAAUGAGACGUUGCCUAUAUGA